CUGAGCAGCAGCAGGUCGCACAGCUGCCUGCAACCCAUCCUCUCCUCCGUUUGCAAACUUCAACCACCAUUCCCAUUAUCUGGCUGCAUGGCACGCGUACUGGACCGCUUUAGUAGCAUCAUAUAGAAAAAAAAAAACUGCAGGCGUGGAUAAACAGUACAUUUAAUAAUUUUUUUCUGUCUCAAUCUAGAAGAAAUUUAAAGUAUUUUUAUUCUUUAUUUCAAUGCGUAAUGUAAUUUUUUCCAAAGAGCGCAGAGCCACAGCUUCCUUCUGUCAUGGAAAACCUCACAGUGGAUGACAUGACUCUGGAGAAUGACACGUCGCUGCAGGAAAACCAGACUCUGGGCGUUUGGACUGACUACUCCGUUGAAUACAAGGUGGUCAGCGUGUUCCUGGUGUCCCUCAUCUGCGGCGCAGGGAUCGUGGGCAACGUGAUGGUCAUACUGGUAGUCCUGACCACCAAACACAUGCGGACUCCCACCAACUGUUACCUGGUGAGCCUGGCAGCCGCAGACCUCAUGGUUCUGACGGCUGCAGGGUUGCCCAACAUCAGCGACGCCCUGUGCGGGCAGUGGGUGUAUGGCUACCUUGGCUGCUUGGGGAUCACCUACUUCCAGUACCUGGGAAUUAACGCGUCCUCCUGCUCCAUCACCGCCUUCACGGUGGAGCGCUACAUCGCCAUCUGCCAUCCCAUUAAAGCCCAGUUCCUGUGCACCUUAUCCAGGGCGAAGAGGAUCAUCAUGGUGGUGUGGGCGCUCACUUCGGUCUACUGCGUAAUGUGGCUCUUCCUGUCAGACACCAAAAAGUUGGUUUACAGCAACGUAGUGCUCAUCAGCUGCGAAUACAAGGUGUCCAGGAGCCACUACCUGCCCAUCUACUUCACGGAUUUCACCGUUUUUUACGUGUUGCCUCUCAUGCUGGCUACGGUUCUGUAUGGGCUGAUCGCAAGAAUCCUCUUCCUCAACCCGAUGCCGUCCGAUCCGAAGGGCGGCAGCAAGAAGUGGAAGAGGGAAGCGAGCCAGGGCGGCAGGAUGGUCAGCACCAGCUCCUCCAGCAGCACCACGGCUGCCUCUCGGAGACAGGUGACGAAGAUGCUUGCUGUGGUUGUAAUCCUAUUCGCCUUACUCUGGAUGCCCUACCGGACCUUAGUAGUGGUCAACUCCUUUCUAAACAAACCCUACCUAGACACCUGGUUCCUGCUCUUUUGUCGUCUCUGCAUCUACCUUAACAGUGCCAUCAAUCCAGUGAUCUACAAUGCCAUGUCCCAGAAGUUCCGCACUGCCUUCAAGAAGCUGUGUCAUUGUGGCCCCCAGCGUAUGGAGAAACCUGCAUCCUACAGCGUAGCGCUCACUUACAGCGUCAUCAAGGAGACGUCCAAUGGGGAAAGCCCAGACCACUUUACAACAGACGAGCAAAUAGACGAGCUGCAUUCACCGUGCGAUCAGUACCUACCUGCUGGAAUUUUUCCGAGUGCCAAAAAGAUGCAGUACAUGGAGGCCUCACUUUCUGGCAAUGAUGUAAAUGACCAAGUAGAGACAAACUGUGCACCUUAGGUGGAUAUCAGUCUCCAGCAGCCAUGGUGUGAGUUUGGUCAAGUUUAAGUAAAAAAAAGCACUCUGAUAGAUCCCGGCUUAAGUUCUUUCACUUGUAAAUAUAUGGUUGAAUAGAACUGUUUGCCAGAAGACAGUUUGCUGUGAUGUUCCGUGGGCUUUGAAUAUUUUGCACAAAAUAAAUUAAAAGAACAAUUAUGAGUAAUUAAAAAAAGAGGCUAUAUGUAUGUUGUAUCUUCUGUUUAGAGCUUAUCCUUACUUAUUAAGAGAAUGUUUCAUAUGAGAGUAUUUGAGGUAAAAAAAAAAACUAGAAGAUCACUAUUACAUAUAUGAGUUGAUGCUCUAUACUAUGAGAAUUCACCUAUAUCAUAUAGUCAUGUCAUCAUCGGAGGGUGUUUAGGGAGGCUAGCGUCUAUUUUUAGUGGUAAAAAGACAACGUGGUAACACAUGGCAACGGUCAUGCGGAAACAAUACAGUACAUGGCAACAGUCAUGUAGAAACAGCACAGGGAAACAGUCUUAGAGAAAAUAACAUACAUAAAUACAGUCUUGCCUUUGUGGGUAAUGAAGAGAAGCUGUGGUCUUGGAAUGUGUGAGGAAACUGAAAAGAAUCUACAUGUUACCGGAAGAAAAAAGAAAUUCAACACAGAAAUGACCCCGGCUGGAAUUGAACCCAGGGAUUUUUUUGCAGCAAAUAACUGAGCCACUGUGCGACACCUAAAGAACCCCAUCAAAUUCCCUUUGAAAAAGAAUGAUAGAGUAAACUUGGGCCAGCAGAGAUUAGCAAAUACACAACCAGUU